AUGCCCCAACCUUUAACAAAAUCCUGUCUCAGUGCCCAUGACCAACAAGUCUUGGAAUCGAUAUUCAAUCCACUGGAAUUAACAUCAACAUUGGCACCACAAUUGAUCAAUGCCGAUUCCAGUGAAAUAUUGGUGGACGAAGAUGAUUAUGCGGAAUCCAAAGAGGUGGUAGAAAAAUCUAAACUCUUGGAAAUUGAAGCCGUGAAAUUGGCAGAAGAAAAUCAUUCGGAUGCGGUGGCAUUCGAGAAAUUUAAAGAAGCCUUAGAAUUAACCCCCAAACGUGCAUCGAUUUAUAACAACAGAGCGCAAGCGUUGCGUUUAGCUGGCAAAGAUGAUG